AUGGAAGAUCUAGGUGAAGAAUACAUUGGCUAUGUGCAGAAUGAGUACAGCAUGCCUUUGAGGGUAGGUUUUUAGUAAAAAAUUGUAAAAUACGGGAUAAAAUUUGUUGAAAAAACUUUUUUUUGUUUUAAAAAGUGUUGCUGAUACAGUGGCGGCAAAAAAAUGGGACAGUCGGUUUUUCGUCAAUUUUAAAUUUUUUUUGAACGUUUAUAAAUUUGUACCUAGCUAUUAUGAAAAUGUAGGGUAAGUUUAACAAAUUCAAGCAAAAAAGAAUUUUUAAAUUUGAGUUUUAAAUAUUUUUAAAAAUUUUUCAAAAAAUUUUGCUUGGCAAAAAAAAGUGGGACACUUCAAUAUCAAAAGCAUUUUUAUUAAACAACCUAACUACAACAAUUAAAAAUACAUUUAACUAACAUACAAUAACUAGUACUUUGUUGGACCACCAUUUGCAGCAAUAACAGCGGCCAUUCGACGAGGCAUAUACAUGAUCUAAUCGUCACUACUUUAGUCAAGAUUUCUCCAUCCCUCCUCCAAAACUGAUUCCAAUUGAGCUUCUGUCGUAGAGCAUGUCUUUUCUACGUUUCUUGCAACUAAUUCCCAUAAAUGUUCAAUAGGAUGAAGGUCAGGAAACUAACUAGGCCAGUCGAGUUUGCGGAUCUUCUCCUUCUUCAUAUAUUGUUGAACAACUUUAGCCCUGUGUUCCGGGUCGUUGUCACUUUGAAAUAAGGAUACUUUUAUUUUUAAAGAACGACAAUAACGUAUGGCAAUUUUGGAUAAAAUUUCUAAGGAAACCGUCUUAUCCAUAAUCUUUUCUAUACGAUCAGAAGUUCGAUGUUGUUGUAGGCAAAACACGGCCAAACCAUUAUGCUUCUGGGAUGCUUGACUGUUGGACGUAGCUACCGCAGUUGAUUUUCAGGGUUAGUUGGCCUUCUUACCUAUCGUUUACCAUCUGAUUCCUUAGUAUCCAACUUUGAUUCGUCACUGAAAAUGACCUUUCUCAAAUCAUCACUUGUCCAAUGUUCGUGUACCUUUGCAAAUUCAAGCCGGAGUUUGCUAUUUUUGAUCCGAAUCAAAUGUUUCUUCUUGGAAAUACAGCCACGAAGUCUAACGUCUAAAAGCCGAUUGCAUACUGCCCUUCAUGAAACGUCUACACCAUGUUCUUCCUUCAUGUCUGUUUUAAUCUCAUUUGCACGUUUGAAAAGAUCAACUUGAGACUUGCGAUUAAUCAAUGUAUCCUCUUUUUUUGUAGUAAAUCUAGGUCUUCCUCUUCCUUUUUUGCGUUUUGUAGAGCCACAACCAUUGUAUCACGGAAUUAUUUUUCCAAGAGUUAAUUUUGGCAUGUUAACCAUGACAUCUAUUGCUCGAAUUGAUAUCUUCUCUUUGCCAAGACGCACAAUUAAAAAACAAACCUUUUCACCUGCUUGUUUUGGCAUACUGUAACUUAAAAUAUAUUCGGACACAAAAACAGCACAAAAACUAGUACAAAUUGAAACUUACUUUGCAUAUUAACAGCUUCCGUCACAAGUGUCCCACUUUUUUUGCCAAGCAAAAUUUUUUGAAAAAUUUUUAAAAAUAUUUAAGACUCGAAUUUAAAAAUUUUUUUUGCUGGAUUAUGUUAAACUUACCCUACAUUUUCAUAAAAGCUAGGUACAAAUUUAUAAACGUUUGAAAAAAAAUUAAAAUUGACGAAAAACCGACUGUCCCAUUUUUUUUGCCGCCACUGUACCUAUUUUUAAAUUUUUUUGUGUUUUUAAAGGAAAAAACCGGGUUUAAACGCUCAUUUUUAACUGUAAAGAAAGUUUUUGCAUUAAGAAAGUUUCGCGAAACGACGCUUUCAUGAGGUAAAAUACGGAUUUUGUACCGGCACAUUCAUAAAACUCUUGGCCAAUAUUUGGCUGUAAAGAAAAUUCUUGCGCUUUUUUGAAAAAUUAAAUUUAUGAAAAACAGUUUCUAGAGUCUAAAGGAAGUCUUAGCAUUAAAAGUGUUACAAAAUUAUGUUUAAAAUGUCAUGAAACCGCGUUUGUUUCAGGGUCACCGCCGGUACAUUGCCUAUGUUUAUAUCUUUUGUAAUUCGAUUGGAUUCCUUGUUAAUGGUUAUGUUCUAUACGUUGUUGGUCCAUUGUUAUUCGUUCAGACAGUUAAAGUGCCUAAAAGUAUAUUGUUUUACAUACUGACGUUGUGUGUCUCCGAUCUGAUGACUAUGAUUGGUGAGUUCUUAUUUAUUAUUGGGGUUUUUGGGGUGGAAAGAAAGUUUUUGCGGGUUUUAUGGUUGUAAGAAAAAUUUUUUGUUAUUUUUUUAAUAAAAAUAUUUUGGUUUAAAAUUUUUUUUUACGAUGUACAUGGUAGAUUAUGAUAUAUAGAUCAUUUUUGCACGAAAAAUCGAGGUGUGACGAAAUGUCACAAAAGUUAUUGGUUUUUUAAAAAGUUUUAAAAAGCCUUAAAAGGUUAUUAAAGAGCCAUGUUUUAAUGAGAAAUGGCGCUUUUAACUAUAUUUGGCAUGUUGACGAAAUGUCAACAAAAAUAUUGAUUUUUCUAAAAGUACUAAAAAUGCUUAAAAAUUUAUUAAAAAACCAUAUUUUAAUAAGAAAUGAUUUCUCACAUUUUUGGCAUGUUGACGAAAUGUCACAAAAAUUAUCGAUUUUUAAAAUUUAAAAAAAAACGAUAAUAAAGUCUUUUUUAUUGCUUGUAAACAAAGUUUUUGCAAUUUUUUUUCUUUGUAAACAAAGUUUUUGCCAUUUUCUAGUUUGUAAAGAAAGUUCUUGUCGUUUUGUGUUUUGUAAAGAAAGUUCUUGCUAUUUCUCGUUUUUUGAAAAAGAUAUUACCAUUUUUUUGUUUCGUAAACAAAGUUUCUGCUAUUUCACUGCCUGUAAACAAAGUUUUUACAAUUUUACCCACUAAAACCCCCCAUUUUAGGCAUGUUGUUAUUGGUGACAGAGAUCGUGCUGGGGACUUGGAAAUUCAGCGCGUUCGCAUGCACUUCGUACUUGUUAUUCGAUAGCAUGAACAAAUUCAUGGCUCCGAUUAUCGUCGUACUUAUUAGUCGAACGUGCUACGCCACGAUUUGUCUAGACAAGAAGAAACAGGAACGGGCGGCCAGUUUAAAGGUAUGGUUAAUAUAUGGUACUUUAAAGCCAUUAUAUGACGUAAUGUCACGGUACUUAUUGGAUUUUCAAAAAGUCUUAAAAUUGAUAAGAAUGUCAUAAAAAUUGUUUUUUAGUUUUUAAAAAUGCUUUUUUGGUAUUGUUUGAUUUUGUGACGAAAUGUCACAAAAAUUAUUGGUUUUUUGAAAUUUUUUAAAAUAACUUAAGUCUUCAUAAAAAUGCAUUUUUUACUAUUACAAGUGCUUUUUUGCUCUUUUUUAAUUGCGUGACGAAAAGUCACAAGUAUUAUUUGCUUGUGUGACGAAGUGUCACAAAAACAUUGGUUUUUUAAGUGUUUUAAAAUUACUCAAAUAGUCAUAAAAACGCAUAUUUUAGUAUUUAAAAUGAUUUUUGGGCAUUAUUUCGUUGUUUGACGAAGUGUCACAAAAUUUAUUGGAUUUUUGCUUUUUUGGCAUUUAGGGUCAAAAAUCAAUAAUAAUGGGUAUUGAAAGACAAAUCUUGCGAAAACUUUGUUUACUAACUUAUAUAUUGCUUAAAAAUGCCGUUUUCAGUACGCCAUACCUUAUGUAAUAGCCUCAAUCUCAGUAGUACUAAUGUUACUAUGGCCGGUGUUCGCCUACAGUGAAGUAUCAAUAGUACCGGCCACAGUGAACCACACCAUAAAAGAAGUGACGUACUUGAAAAAAUGCGGUUUCUUACCACCCCCUAGUAUUGAAAUCGGCUUUAGUCUGGUGGCGUGCAUGUUAUCGUAUGCUAUACCCCUCUUCGGUAUCAUCUUUUGGUACAUGUCAGUACCAUUGUUCCUACGAAAGAGGGCAGAGAACACCUUGACUAAAGGUGGUAAUGGUGGUACGGCUGAUGUGGCAGUAAGAAAGGUGAUUACUACGGUACUGGUGCUUACUGUAGUCUACGUACUGUGUUGGACACCGUACUGGAUUAGUCUGUUUCUACAUAGGAUUUUUCCGAAUCUGUUGGCUUUUAGCAAUAAAAAUAGUAAGUUUGAGCUAAAAUUUGAAGUUUUUUUGAAAUUUAAAAAUCUUUAAAAUAUGUUAUACGAUGAAACAUGUCCGAAGUCAAAAAUUUUAAAUUUUUAAAAUUGAUUAAAAUGAUGACAUUCCCAAACGAUUCCAAGCCAAAACCCCCAUUUUCAGUCGUCUUCAUCUUUUACAUGAUUCACAUGCUGCCAUAUAUAUCAUGUUGUGCAUAUCCACUAAUUUUCACCGUUAUGAACCGUGCGAUUCAGAAGGCGCACGCUGAAGUUAUGAACAGUCAACGACGAAGGUUCAAGAGCAUCACUGAGGAUGUGACACGACAUAUCAGAGAUGCAUUGAGGUAAAUAUUGCCAUAGUUUUGAAAUCUUUCGAAAAAGUUAGCGGUUCAAAAAGAAUUGAACAUUUUUGCACUGAACUGCUAUGAAAAUCGUCCAAUUCUUUAAGACGCGGGAGGUGUUUUCAAUGAAUGUGGGGGUUUGAAAUGGUGAAUUGGUAAAAUUUUGGUUUGUAAAGAAAGUUAUGGGAGUUAGACAUUAUAAUUUUAAAAAGUUUUGGUAUUAGUCUAAAAAAUAACGGCAGUUUUUGAGCAAAAAUGACGUGAAACGGUUAUCUUUGGACAAAAAUUAAAUUUCAAGCUUUCUAAAACUAUUUAUUAUGGCAAACUUUGAUUUGUAAAGAAAGUUCCUGCCAUUUCCCAUUACAUUUUCAUAACUUUUUAUUAAACAUCUAAAAAAGAAUGGCAGUUUUUGAGCAAAAACGGCGAAAAAAAGACGAUUUUUUGGCCAAACUUCUCUAUUUUUUAAACCUUAAGCCUAAUUCUAAGCCUAAACCCACAAUUUCUAACAAAACAUAAUUCCAGUUUCCGACUCCUAAACCGCGACAACAACCUCUUCCCGCGCAGUAGCAUUUCCGUGGCCACGUGCACGACAGCACAACGAAUGGGUAUCAUAUCUCCAAACAUAUCGCCUCGAGUCAAUUUACGCCCUCAGGGCAGUUCUUUGAAUCUGCUGGCAUCAGCAAACAGUGUGUCAUUCUCUGAUCAACCUAGUGUCAAUUCAAAGUCACCGCCGUCAACACCAUCAUCGCCUAUGAUAAGGAGUGGUAGUGAUGAUGACAUGAAUAGUGAAACUGUUUUAUAG